CCUGUGUGGGGUUCAGAAGCCCGCCUCCCUCCCAGCCUCAGGUGCCUGCUUCAGAAAAUGAAGUAGUAAGCCUGCUGGCCUCCGCCAUCUUAGCAGAGGAACCAUCCCGUGAGAGAAGGAUGCACUCAGGCGCUCGCUGGAGAGUUCUAGGCCUCUGCCUCUUAUCAGUUGGCAUCUGGGGGCAGGACGGUAAUGAAGAGAUUGGUGAUACUACCCAGAACCCAUAUAAAGUUUCCAUCUCAGGAACCACAGUAACACUGACAUGCCCUCGGUAUGAUGGACAGGAAAUAAAAUGGCUCGUAAAUGAUCAAAACAAAGAAGGUCAUGAGGACCACCUGUUACUGGAGGAUUUUUCAGAAAUGGAACAAAGUGGUUAUUAUGCCUGCCUCUCCAAAGAGACCCCCACAGAAGAGGCGAGCCAUUAUCUCUACCUGAAGGCAAGAGUGUGUGAGAACUGCGUGGAGGUGGAUGUGAUGGCGGUGGCCACAAUUGUCAUAGUGGACAUCUGCAUCACUCUGGGCUUGCUGCUGCUGGUUUACUACUGGAGCAAGAAUAGAAAGGCCAAGGCCAAGCCCGUGACACGAGGAGUGGGUUCUGGUGGCAGGCAAAGGGGACAAAACAAGGAGAGGCCACCACCUGUUCCCAACCCAGACUAUGAGCCCAUCCGGAAAGGCCAGCGGGACCUGUAUUCUGGCCUGAAUCAGAGGGGCAUCUGACCCUCCAGAGGACACUGCCUCCCACUGGCCCACGUCUGGCUCCUCUCCAGUCCCCCUGCGAUGCCCCGUUUCCUGGGCUAGCCUUGGACCCCAUGAGAGAAUCGUUCCUCGGCCUCAUAAUGAACUCACGCCCUCCAGCCUCAUCCCCAGUUCCCUCCCUCCUGCCUUCUCUGCUGGUGCCCAGUCCUAAGACAUUGCUGCUUCCUCUUCCUUUGAAGCAUCAUCAGUAGUCAUGCCCUCACAGCUGGCCUGCUCUUUUGCCAGGAUAUUUAUUUCUACUCUUCAUCCCUUCCCCUUGGAUGUGACUUCACCUUUCCUUGCAUGUAAAUUGUCCCCCAUCCCAAACUAUUCCAACUACUUUUGUAUCCUCGUCCCCUUUUGCAUCCCUCUCCGGGGAUGGACUGAGUAAAUGUUGACAGAGGCUCUGCCCCAUUCACAGAUCCUGGCCCAGAGCCAGCCCUGAGCUCCUCCCUCCGCCUUAACCGCCACACCCCCCACCCCCAUCUCCACUGUAGGCCACUAGAUUGUGAUUCGCAUCUCCAUAAAUGUGCUUGGCUCCUCUCAGCUAAGAGAGAAUAAAAUAAACUGUGUUUGUCUGAAAGA